AAGACUCCAAACACUUCCCGCGCGGGCUACUUCACUGCGGACAUUGGACAAAUUCUUUAUACAGUUGGUAAGAAGCAACAGGGUAAGCAGAAGCAAAUGGAGAAUCGGAGCGACUUUUUCUCUUCUUUAAUCAAGGCCACCAAAACCUAUGUUGGCGACGAUCCUCUUCUUCCCUGGCUGCAAGGCAUACAGAAGAUCAGGGAAGCUCUUCCUCCUGAAGCCGUCAAUCAGAAAUUACCUCGCUUUCUCGAGAAGUGCACAGAACAUUUUCAAAAUGACAGGCGUUACAGAAAUGACUUGCGAUAUCUGCAACUCUGGAUUCAAAUGUUGGAAUAUGUGCCCAAUCGAGGAGAAGUUCUAUCUGUUAUGGAAAGACAUAAGAUUGGGCUGAAGCAUGCACUUUAUUACAAAGCCUAUGCCCUCCACUAUGAGAAAUUGAAGAAAUUUCCAGAUGCUGAGGCCAUGUACAAGCUGGGAAUCCAGAGACUUGCAGAACCUGCUGAAAGCUUACAGCAAUCCUACGACAGCUUUCUUCACCGUAUGGUUCAUCGAAAUAAAAAAUUGAAAUCAAGAAAAUCACGGGUGAUGCUUCCAUUUGAAGAGGUUCAGUCAAAGGGCUACCAAUGUAAUAUGCUUAAGAGCCAUGAAGAACUUGGCAUUAAGGGAGGUGAAAUUGAAUCAGAGAAUUAUCCAGAAGGUGGAACUAUUCUUACAUAUUCUGACAAAUGCACUGUUGAUGGUGAAACCUCUGACAAAUAUGUUCACAGAAAUGAAAAUUUGUUUAAUAGAUCAAAGUUACCGUCUGUAGAAGAUAAGGAACAAAACAAAGGAAAAGUAAACUCAGAAGGGGAAAGCAGUAUAGCACUGUUGGGGACAGUGGUUGUUUCAGCACCUAGUUUGGUUUCUAAUUCCAGCUAUCAAGAUACUAUCGGCUUAGAGGAAAGUCUACACUGUGAGCAUGCUGAAGAAGUACAUGAUACAUAUCACAGUCCUUUUAAUUCUAUUGUUAACACAAAGGAAGUAAAAUUGAGCAUAAAUCAUGUUGAUGAAUCAAUAAGAAUGAAUCCAUCCCAAGCAAUCAAUGGCACUAAGCUUGCUGUUGAAAACUUUAAGAUAUUGCCCAGUAAAAAUUUGGAAGACCGUGCUUUGAAUGAACAACACAGUACAAAAGGAAACAACUCUUCUGUUCUAGCUGAUCACAUGGAACAUGAUUUGGCUCCUGCAGAGGAAAAUGAGUCCGGCAUUCAGGAAGACAAUAGAUUGGAGGAGUUGGUUCCUGUUAAAUGUUUUGAAAUGUUGACAGAUGGUACUUUUAUCAGCAGCCAAGAGCAGACUUCUAAAGAUGAGAGAACGAGCUCUCUACUAUUCAAAGAUUGUAAAGAUCUAUCUGGGAUAAGCAGCAGAGAGCAGAACAAUGACAGUGGAGGGCUAGAGGAAAUACAAAGUCAUAAGCAUUUAGGUGAAAGUUCUGGCUCUUUAAUCUCUACGGAAGAUACAGUUAUCAUACGCAAAUUUGUCGAUUCUACCAUUGUUGGUGAUACUCAACAAGUAGAGGAUGCUUACCAUCAUGGACUGAUAGAACCUACUAUUAAUACAAAGGAAGCCAUAGCUGAAAUAAAUAAUAUGUUUGGGAAGCCACUGAAGUUUGAAAAACCCAAAUCAGUAAAUCAACCAUGGAAGAUGCAAACGGCAAAGCAACCUAUGAAUAGUUUUCAGGUAUUAGUUGAUGAAGAUUUGAAAGCAUCUGAGGGUGAAACCCCUAUUAAUCCAUUGGAAAAGGACCUUCAAGUAUUUAUUGAUGAAAAUGUUUGCCAUAAUUCCCUUCAAGAAUUUAUUGAUGAAAAUGUUUGCCAUAAUUCCUCUGAUGAAUCUCUUUCAUCUAAGAAUUUUUCAUCAUUUCAAGAAUCGCCAGUAUUGGCUGAUAUUAGUAUUAAAGGGAGUCAGGAUACAGUCAACGACAAGGGAUACUCUUCUGCACCGGUAGAGUUUUAUGAAGAUGGAAUGGCUAUAAUAGAGAAAAGUGUUAAUAACUCAAAAGAAAAAAAUAGUUAUAGACAGUUUGGAACUAUUGGAGAAAUGACUGAUAAUUCCAAAUUCUGUAGCGAGGACACAAUCGUCAUACGUAAAUUUGUAGAUUCUGCUAUAGUUGGUGAUAGUAAAGAAUUAGAGUCAGCAUUCCAUCAUGGUCUUGUUGAUCCAACUGUUAAUACGAAGGAAGCAAUGGAAGACAUAAACAUGAUGUUUUUGAAGCCACUGCAAUUUGACAAGCCAAAAAGUAAAAAGCAAUCACCAAGUGCUAGAACUUUCAAACAACCUGAUGAAAACUUUCGUAUAUUUUCUGAUGAGGUCUUUAAGGAACAAGGAAUGAAGCAGGGAUGCUUUGUGAACAGUUUUGGGAAGACACAUGAUUCUUCUCUUCAAUGCAUCAAAGAUCUAGAGAUAUUUGUAGAUGAAAAUCUUAUGUGUGGUCCCUUAAAAGAACAUACGGGAAUGUUGAACUCAUCUGAGGAUGGACAUAUAUCAAUUCAUGAAAGUUCUGAAAGGAUGCAGAAGAAGACAUUGAACAAAUGCAGCACAUUUGAAAACAGGGGCCCCUCCUUUCCACCACUUGAAGUAUAUCAAGAUAUACAAUUCCCUCCAGCUGUUAGUUUGCCUUUGAAGUCCUGCAACGAGGACACAAUUGUCAUAAGGAAAAUUGUAGAUUCUACCCUUGCUGAUACUGAAAUAGAGGAUGCUUGCCAUCAUGGUCUGGUUGAGCCUACUAUCAAUACAAAAGAAGCCAUGGCAGACAUAAAUAAUAUGUUUUGUCAGACUCUUCCCUUUGACUAUUCAAAAAGGAGUUGUCUGCCACUGAAGGCUGGAACAAUUGAGGAGCCGUGCAAAGGUCCUUGGAUACUGACAGAUGAAGAUAUGGAAAAAGAAGAUUUAGACCAGCGAGUUCUUUUGCCCAAUAAUACAAAGGAAUACAAUUGUUCUGUUCGAACAGCCAAAGACUUUAAGAUAACUGUGGAUGAAAAUGGGGAUUGCAAGUACACUAAUAAGCGUAUGAUGAAAUCCUGUUUAUUAGGUGAUAAUGUAUCUGUGCCCAUACUAAAUAAUAAUGACAACUCCCUUGACAUACAGAAAAAGUCAUUUAUGCUAUUUGAGAAUUCUAAAGAUGAAGAUGUUUGUAAGCCAACAGGAUGCUUCGAGGUGUUUAUUGAUGAACAAUUCCAGGAAUAGGAGAGGGAAAGAUUUUCAAAGCGUUGGUUUCAUGUUGCCAGCUCAAGUUCUUGAUUUGUGGAAAAUAUAAUGUGGUUUGAAGAAUAUUGAACCUUGGGAGCAACUUGCAAGCUGCAACAAUUUUUAUCAUUGUUGGAUGUGUUUGCUUGGUCUAGGGUUGACCUGGAUUUGUUUCUGGAUAUCUGUUGUCACUAUGAACAAUAGUGCUGAAGAAAGAUUUGUUUAUCUGGAAGGUUCAGUGAUAGGGUUCUUUAUGCUUUGUGUACAUGGUCAUUUGCUACUGAGAUAUUCGUCUGAACAAAACUGCACAAUAGGCAUAUACAAUUUGCAAUUAGAAAAUGAGGACGUUUGCUGAAUUUGUAAGUGGUUGUCAAUGUAUGAAGCUUUACAUUGAGAAAUGGCAAAAUGGCUGCUAAUCUCAUUAUCUCAACUGUAACAAGCUAUAUCAGUUUGGUC